AUGGAGCCGUCAGAGACGCGGCGAUCCCCGGAUCUGACUCGGAAAAGAGACGAGCGGAGCGCUCUGUUGACCCUCACCUUCGCCCUGAGCAGCAAGAAGAAAACCAGCAUCUCCAAGACAGUUCGAGUUUUCGAGAUGUUUGAAGCCAAAAUCCAUCACUUUGAAAGCAGAGCAGCUAGAACAUCAAAGAACGCUGAUGACAACCUUGAAUUUUUUGUAAGAUGUGAAGUUCAGGACUGUGAGGUUAGCAGUCUUUUAAAUUCCUUGAAGAGAGUGGCAGAGAUUGUGGAAGCUAUCAGAGAAGAAAAAGUUCCAUGGUUCCCAAAGAAAAUAAGAGAUCUCGACUACUGCCAUCAUCUGAUCACCAAGUUUGACCCUGAUCUGAAUUUUGACCACCCGGGUUAUGCUGAUCCAGAAUAUAGGAAAAGGAGGGCUUUUAUUGCUGACCUGGCAUUUAACUAUAGACAGGGUGACUCUUUGCCAAGAGUUGAGUACACUGCUGAAGAAACUGCUACUUGGAAAGAAAUUUACCAGAAGCUGAGUGCCCUCUACCCCACCCAUGCCUGUAAGCAAUACCUGGAAGCCUUUCAUCAACUAGAAAAAUAUUGUGGAUACCAAGCGGAUUGUAUCCCUCAACUCCAAGAUGUCUCUGCUUUUCUAACAGAAAGAACAGGCUUCAGGUUGAGACCAGCUGCAGGGCUACUAUCUGCUCGGGAUUUCCUUGCUGCCCUGGCAUUUCGUGUCUUCCAAAGUACUCAGUACAUAAGACAUUGGUCGUCACCCAUGCAUUCCCCAGAACCGGAUUGUUGCCACGAACUGCUGGGCCAUGUUCCCAUGUUAGCUGAUAAGGACUUUGCUCAGUUUUCACAGGAUAUCGGGCUGGCUUCUCUUGGAGUAUCUGAUGAGGAUAUAGAAAAAUUAUCAACAUUCUAUUGGUUUACAGUUGAGUUUGGUCUCUGCAAACAAAAUGAAUCGAUCAAAGCCUAUGGCGCAGGUCUCCUCUCUUCCUAUGGGGAACUGAUAUAUGCUUUAUCAGAAAAGCCAGAAUAUAAACCCUUUGAUCCAGAUGUGAUGGUGGUCCAACCUUAUCAUGACCAGACCUUUCAACCCAUUUACUUUGUAGCAGACUGUUUUGAAGAUGCAAAGUCUCAGCUACAGAAAUAUGCUCUUUCGAUCAAGAAGCCUUUUCCUCUUCACUACAACCCCGUUACCUGCAGUGUGGAAGUUCUUGAUUCACCACAGAAAGUAUCAGAAAUUGCCGCUCACUUGAAAGAGGAAUUGAUAACUCUCUGCCAUGUUUUGGAAAAGCUUUUGUAAAAUAAUGGUCCUAAUUUAUAGUAGGAAUAAGACAACCAUUAGAAUAGUGAGGAUCUUACCUCAUUUAAGUAAAUUGUCUGCAGUACUGGAAAAAAUGAGUAGGCACCCAGUCCAUUUAAAUGUAGAAAGUCAAUAAAAGGUUUUGCCAAACAAGAGGAACAAGAAGCUUGUCAAUUGCAAAUCAGAUAUUUUGGAGGGAAAUGUUCAAUGACAAUUUGUUUCAUUCUUGCAUUACAUUUUGGUGGAAAACAAGUUUUAUUCUUGCAUUACCUUUUGUUGAAAAAUAAGUUUGCUGCUUGUAAACAAGUCAUUUGUAUUUCUUUAUUGUCUUGUUUUUUUGAUGUAGCCCUGCCUGACUAGAUUAGAGGCCCUCAAUCGCUGAUUGUUAAAUGUCUGUGGAAAGUCCAUAAGUCAAUGUUCUUCAGGAACUGGGAUUGGGAAGAAUACAUUUUAGGAUUUAUAUCUUGUUUUUUUAAUCAGUGUUAUCAAUAUCAUCAUUCUUUGCACCCUGCCUAGUAAUAGGAGUCUCUGGAUGGUUUUAGGUGACAAAACUUUAAAAUAGAAGAGUCCUGACAAAACAAGAAGGAUAUAUCACUGAAAACAUGAAUAUUUUAUAUAAAGCGACACAGUAAAAAGGGAAAGCACAAAUCGUAUGCUUUAAAUAAUCAUGUUUAUUAAAAUCUGCACAAUCUCCCACAUUCUUGGUGGGUGUGGAGAAGAGUUCUUCAUGCAAUCAACAUAAAGAAGGUCCCAUUGGGCCUUUCUAGGAAGUUAGUUAGAUGCCACCAUGAAAGAGGCUUUCUGAGCUUGGCAGUUCAUGACUAAAUAGUGAUUGGCAAAUCUGUCCUUCAUGAAUUUAUCUUAUUCAUCUAUAACUGACUCAGUUAUUAUAUUCCAUUAAUAGUGGAUAAUUAAAGUAGCUCUGAUUAUCUUUUCUGUUUUCUGGAAUAGUGUCUUCUUUUAUUUCGUUUUCAGACUUUAAAAUUUCUAGCUGCAGACCAAAUUCAUUGUAUCUGUUUAUCCAUUCUUUUGUUGAGAUUAUUUGUCUAAUCAGUUGAUCUCUAGACCAUGAUGUUUUGUCUUACCAGUUUGUCUAGUAA